AUGUCCUUCAGGUUGUCUCAUCUAAGGGAAAGUCCAGGGAGCGACCCUGGCAUAGACCUUGGCAGUGCCCUUCCUCCUGAAUCACCUCUCAGCAGCGUGGUCGGUGAUGAGCGCAUAGACUACAUCAAGGAGUUGGCCUUUAAGUCCCUCAAACUCAAAGCUGAGAAGUGGAACAGGUUCAUUUCUUCAGAGGAUAACCAGAGGCUGCUACUGACCUUCCUCGAGGUUGCAGAACAAAGGAAGCUGAUCUUCUUUACAGGUCCUGGGGGCACCCUACAUGCUGCAGAUGAGCUGUUAUCUGUGACGUGGAGAAGCAAGCUAUUCUGUUUGCUAAAGAAAAUGCCCAAGAAAAUCUCACAAGUUGACUUUAAGCCUGAUAUUGUUAUGUGUGAAGUCUCUCACUUAGUACUGGAGCAAGUGUCUGUGCUCAUCACUGAGGUGCUGCUUACAAUUCUUUCAAAUUCACUGAUCUAUAAGGAUUGGCCAAAGGACUAUUUACAAGACAUACAAAACCAUGUUGAGAAGCUGAAGAGUAAACUACUGAACUUGAACGGUCUCAUCUCAGGAAGAACAUUCUUAACGCUUCCUGCAGUUCCAGAAAAUGGAGAGAUACAUAUCAUGACCCGCAAUGAAAGAAUCACUCUACACUACAUAGAGACAAUGGUGAUCCAAUGGACUCAUCAGAUAUCUGAUAUUCUAAACCGAGACUCUGCACAGAAGAUCUUACAGGGUGAACAUCCAGGCCCAUCGCACGAGCUGGAAUUUUGGACAAUGCAGAAAGAAAACUUGCUUAGUGUUCGUUACCAGUUGCAGACUGAAGAAUUCCAAAAAGUGAUUGAUAAACUGCAGGAGAAGAGGAGCAGCUAUUACACGGGUUUCAAGGAGCUAAUCAAUAGUGUGGAUGAAGCUAUUAUAGAAGCCCAAGAGAUUGAACUGUAUCUUAAACCUUUAAAGUUUUACAUUGCCCAUCUGGAGGAAUCAAACUUUCCAGACAUAGAGUAUUUCUUCUUGCCGCUAUUCCAUACUAUAUUACUAAUAUGGACCAAUUCCCUCAAUUACUGCACCCCUCAACGCAUCAUUGUACUCUUGCAAGAGUUCUGCAAUCUUCUCAUUGACCGGUCUGAGAACUUCCUAAUUUCUGAAGAAAUCUUUAAAAUGGAGCUGGAGGAAGGUUUAGAAAGAGUCCAGAUGGUUGUUCAGAUGUUUCGAUGUUUCAAGAAAACAUAUUUGCUAUAUGUGGAGAAAGUGGACCUCACCGCUAAAAAUUCUACAAGAAUUCAAAUCUGGGACUUUCCUUCGAGCCUUGUUUUCUUCCGAUUUGACAGUGUGCUAGAAAGGCUUCUGUAUGUACAGGAACUCUUCAUAGCAGCGAUCGAUUUCCUGAAGCUAGAGAAAGUUGAAAUUGGUGGAUUCCGUGGCAAAAUUCUCAGUGAAGAAAUCCAUAUUAUGAGUGAAGAGUCUAAUGAAAUAUGGAGGAUGCUGCAGGAAAGCAAAUAUCACCCCCUGGACUACACAGAUACUGGAUUCUUGUCUGAUUACACAAGAUACUGUCAGCAAAUAAACGGCUUCGACCACCAUGUAGGCCAGAUUUUGAAUUUGUCUUUCGAUGAAUCAAAUGGACUAGAAUCUGCCUUUAAGGGAUUCUUGUCUGAUUACACAAGAUACUGUCAGCAAAUAAACGGCUUCGACCACCAUGUAGGCCAGAUUUUGAAUUUGUCUUUCGAUGAAUCAAAUGGACUAGAAUCUGCCUUUAAGGCUAAACGUGGAAAUAACAUGCUCCAUAAAAACAUGCCUGUUGUUGCUGGAAAUUUAAAAUGGUCUCAAGAAUUAAGAGAAAGAUUGAUGAAACAAAGGUCAUUCUUCAAGCACAUUAAUCAUGAGCUCUUCUUCCUUGAACUUCCCAGGAACGCACUUUCUGUAAUACGUGCAUCUCUAACAAAUGAUGAAGCUAAUCGGGUUUUUGAGAAAUACAACAAAUUUAUAGAACUUUUAGAUGCCCAUGAUGACGAAACGUUCAACAGCUGGACCCAAGAUCUCUGUGAUUUGUGUGAAUCCCACUUAAGUCAGCCAAUACUGAAGCAUGAUGAGCAUGGACUGUAUGAAACUAAUUUUAACUCAAAGUUAGCAGCUAUUCUCCGGGAGGUAAAAUAUCUCCAGUUCCUGAAGUUUUCUAAUAUACCAGAGAUGGCAAAACAUUUGUAUGUGAAAAGAAAGACAUUCCAAAAGCAUAUUGGAAACCUGGACCUCAUAGUGCAGUGGUUCAACAGAAUCCAGAAGACAAUCUUGCAAGUGGAAAGAGAACUGAUAGAUAAUGAGCUCCAGCAGAUUUAUGAAAAGCUGGAGCCUGCCCUUACCGUCUUGACUUGGCAGAUGCCAGAUUUAGAUGAUUACAUUGAAGAAGCCAGAGACAUGGUAUACAAUGUGGACAACCGAGUUCUAAAAGCCAAGCAAAAUGUGGAGGUCAUGCAAAAUCUGAUGAGUAAACUACGUGAGAACUAUUUUGUUGGUAGCAAACAUGUAAAGACUCUGGGCGACAAAGACAGAAUGGGUAAACAGUUUAUGAUUGCUGAAGAUGUGGGGCAAAAGAUUCAAACACUUCUCAAGCACAAUCAGGAACUGUUUAAGGCUGAUCCUGUCUCUGAUAAGUGGAAGUCGUACACGGAGUACAUGGACCGCAUGAUUUUGGAAGGAUUGUUCCAAGCAGUGAAAUGUUCGCUUCAGUACUUGACUGAUAACACAGAGUUCUCUCCUAAAAACCCUCCUUUGUUUAAAGUGGAGCUCCUUCUUAAUGGAGGUGAAAUGAGCUUUGAGCCUGCACUGGACAAGAAGGCUAGCAGCAAUUUUUACAGCAUUAUAGAAGGUUUGCUUCAGGAUACAUAUCGCAUUGCAUUAUCCAUUCCACGUGUUGCCGUGCACGUGGGGAAGCAGACGUAUCAGCUGGAUGUUGAUGAGAUGGAGGAGCUGAAAGAAAUGCAUGGAGAAAUUAUGAGAAGGGUGCACUCGACCAUUGUUAAUGUGAAAGAGUAUCAGAGACACUUUAAAAAGUACAGCUAUUUGUGGACGGAUGAUAAAACGGAAUUCAUGAAGCAGUUCCUUCAAUACGGUCGGUUUCUUAGUACCGAAGAGAUAGAAUUGUAUGCAGAUUAUGAAUUGCAGGAAUGUGCACCGCAGUUAGAGCACUUCAAGAAACAGAUCAAUAUUUACGAGUCACUGUAUAAUGAAGUUGAAAGGUUUGAAAAUGAAAGGAUAUUUAAUGGCUGGCUCCUGGUCGACAUGAAACCUUUCAAAAUCUCACUCAUGAAUGCUAUCAAGAGAUGGAGCUUAAUGUUUAAAGACCACCUGCUAAAUCUUGUUACAUGCAGUGUUAAUGACCUUGAUGAAUUUAUUCACCAAACGGAGAAAGGUUUAUGCAAGAAAGUGAAAGCAGAAGACUAUGAGGGCUUGGUGGGAACUAUGGGCCAUUUGAUGGCAAUACGAGAUAAACUGUCUACUGAGGAUCACUUCAGAUAUCUUAAAGCUACAGCUGAGCUCUUGCGAUCUUAUGGACAACAAUUACCUGAGCAUAUCUACAUACAACUGGAAGAAUUCCCAGAGAGGUGGAAAAACCUGAAGAAGAUUGCUUUCAUAGUAAAGCAUGAAGUGUCUCCUCUGCAGGCAAAUGAAGUCUCCGUUAUCAGGAGGAAAUGUGUCCUCUUUGAGGUUAAACAGCAUGAGUAUAGAAAUCGAUUUAAAAAUGAGAUUAUCUUUAAAUUUGAUGCAGAAGAUCCAUACAAACAUUUGGAUAAGACCCAUAGAAAUAUCUCCAGACUAGAGGAUGAGAUGAGAAAACUGCAGGAAACAACAGAACUGUUUGAAGUCAGCGUGCCAGAGUAUAAACAGCUACACCAAUGUCGCACAGCCAUCGUCUUACUGAAGUCAGUGUGGGAUAUGGUGGUAUUUGUACGGGCAAGCAUUAAAGACUGGAUGAAAACACCAUGGAAACAGAUAAAUGUUGAGCAAAUGGAUAUGGAACUAAGAAGAUUUGCAAAGGAAAUGAAGACACUAGACAAAGAGAUACGAACAUGGGAUGUCUACUUGGGCUUGGAAUCCACUGUUAAAAACCUUAUUACAUCACUAAGAGCUGUAAAUGAGUUGCAGAAUCCCGCCGUCCGAAUGAGACAUUGGUUACAACUGAUGAGCAAAACUGGGGUGAGAUUUGUGAUGAAUGAAGAGACUGUACUUGGGGAUCUACUGGUCUUACAACUUCACAGAGUAGAAGAUGAAGUAAAAAAUAUUGUAGACAAAGCUGUGAAGGAAAUGGCAAUAGAAAAGGUCCUUGUGGAGAUGAACCAUACAUGGAGCACCAUGCAAUUCUCAUAUGAGAAGCAUCCAGCCACUGGAACUCCAUUGCUAAAAUCGGAUGAAAAUUUAAUAGAGACACUUGAAGACAAUCAGGUGCAACUGCAGAACAUUUUAAUGAGCAAAUAUGUGGAAUUUUUCUCAGUGGAGGUAAGCAGGUGGCAGAAGAAACUAAUGGUGGCUGAUAUGGUUAUUUCUGUCUGGUUGGAAGUUCAGCAAACCUGGGCACACUUGCAAAGCAUAUUUGCAAACUCAGAAGACAUCCGGAACCAACUUCCUGAGGAUGCCAAGAGAUUUGAUGGAAUUGAUUUAGACUUUAAGGCUCUGAUGGAGAAUAUCAUCAAAACAAACAUAGUAACUGAAGUUACAAAUGAAACAGGAUUGCAAGAAAAGCUGGAGACUCUUCAGCAGAGGCUCACACUAUGUGAAAAGUCAUUGGCAGACUACUUGGAAUCAAAACGUUUGAGAUUCCCCAGAUUUUAUUUUGUUUCUUCAACUGAUUUAUUGGAAAUAAUUUCCAAAGGAACUCAGCCUAAGCAGGUGAUUCGACACUUUCUGAAGCUGUUUGACAACAUUGCUGAUCUGAGAUUCGAUGAUGAAGAUAGAGAGUGUAAGACUGCUAUAGGGAUGUACAGCAAAGAGCAAGAGUUUGUUUACUUCACCAAACUCUGUGCAUGCGAAGGCCAGGCGGAGACUUGGUUGGGACUUUUGGAGAAAGCUAUGAAAUCAACAGUACGUCAGGAAAUCAUGGAUGCUGUAGCUGGGUAUGAGGAUAAACUGAGGGACCAAUGGCUGUUUGAUUACUCUGCCCAAGUCGUCCUAACUGCUAGUCAGAUCUGGUGGGCAACCGAUGUGGAAAUUGCCUUUGAGAGAUUUGAAGAAGGCUUUGAGAAUGCUUUAAAGGAUUAUAACCGCAAACAGAUUGCUCAGCUGAAUGCCCUUAUAAACAUGCUGUUAGGGGAACUUACCCCCGGGGUGCGUCAGAAGAUCAUGACAAUAUGCACAAUUGAUGUUCAUGCGAGAGAUGUGGUAGCCAAGCUUAUUGCACAGAAGGUAUCUAAUGGACAGGCUUUUACUUGGCUGUCACAAUUGCGACACCGAUGGGAUGAAGGCACCAAGGAGUGUUUUGUUAAUAUCUGUGAUGCUCAGUUCCAUUAUUCCUAUGAAUAUCUCGGUAACACACCUCGCCUGGUGAUCACACCUCUCACAGACAGGUGCUACAUAACACUGACUCAGUCUCUGCACCUGUCUAUGAGUGGAUCACUCUCAGGUCCUGCUGGAACAGGGAAGACGGAAACUACCAAAGACCUGGGCCGUGCAUUGGGAAUUAUGGUGUAUGUGUUCAACUGUUCUGAGCAAAUGGACUAUAAGUCCUUAGGAAAUAUAUACAAAGGCUUGUGCCAGACUGGAGUUUGGGGCUGCUUUGAUGAAUUCAACCGGAUUUCAGUGGAAGUGUUAUCAGUAAUUGCUGUACAGGUCAAAACAAUUCAAGAUGCCAUUCGGCACAACAAGAAAAGAUUUCAUUUUAUUGGAGAAACAGUUGAGCUUAAAAGCACAGUUGGCAUUUUCAUCACUCUAAACCCAGGAUAUGCUGGGAGAGCUGAGCUUCCGGAAAACGUCAAGGCCCUCUUCCGGCCAUGUGCAAUGGUGAUUCCAGAUUUUGAACUGAUAUGUGAAAUAAUGUUGGUGGCAGAAGGCUUUGUUGAUGCGCGAAUGUUGUCAAGAAAAUUCAUCAGUCUGUAUACUUUGUGCCAACAGCUCCUAUCCAAACAGGAUCAUUAUGACUGGGGGCUGAGGGCCAUAAAAUCUGUUUUAGUUGUGGCCGGAUCACUGAAGCGAGAGGACAGAAGCAGACCUGAAGACCAGGUUUUGAUGAGAGCCCUGAGGGACUUCAAUCUUCCCAAGAUAGUAACCAAUGAUGUCGCAAUCUUCCUGGGUCUCAUCAACGACUUGUUCCCCCUCCUGGAAGUGCCCAGAAAGAGAGACGUGAAGUUGGAACAGAUGGUGCGCCAGUCCAUUGCAGAGCUGCGCCUGCAGCCUGAAGAAAACUUUAUUCUAAAGAUCACUCAAUUGGAGGAACUGUUAGAGGUGCGGCACUCAGUCUUUGUGGUGGGAAAUGCAGGAACUGGCAAGAGUACGAUCCUAAAGACUUUGCAUAGAACGUAUUUCAAUAUGAAGUUAAAGCCUAUUUGGCAUGACAUUAAUCCAAAAGCUGUGACUACAGAUGAGUUGUUUGGUUUUCUUCACCCAUCAACACGGGAGUGGAAAGAUGGCCUGUUUUCCUUUACAUUGAGGGAACUGUUCAUCAUGCCUCAUGAUGGCCCGAAGUGGAUUGUCCUUGAUGGAGAUAUUGAUCCCAUGUGGAUUGAAUCGUUAAAUACUGUCAUGGAUGAUAACAAGGUUUUGACAUUAGCCAGUAAUGAACGAAUCUCACUGACACCUUCUAUGCGGCUUUUGUUUGAAAUUAGCCACCUGCGAGCAGCUACACCCGCCACUGUUUCUAGAGCUGGGAUCCUAUAUGUGAACACACAGGACCUGGGCUGGAGUCCCUACGUUACCAGCUGGAUCGAGACUCGUCAGGCUCAGUCAGAAAAGGCAAAUCUGACCAUAUUGUUUGAUAAGUAUGUUCCUUACUGCUUGGAGCAAGUGCGAUGUAAUUUAAAAACUAUAACUCCAAUCCCAGAAAACAGCAUGGUACAGACGUUGUGUUCUUUACUGGACUGUCUUCUAACUGCUGAGAACACUCCUCCAGAUUCACCGCGAGAGCUCUAUGAGAUAUAUUUUGUUUUUGCCUGUGUCUGGUCUUUUGGUGGUGCUCUCUUUCAAGAUCAGCUGCUUGAUUACCGCUUGGAGUUUAGCCGAUGGUGGAACAAAGAGAUGAGAACCAUCAAGUUCCCUUCUUCUGGCACUGUCUUUGACUACUUUAUUGACCCAGACAUCAAGAAAUUUACUCCUUGGACAGAAAGAAUUACAGAAUUUGAUAUGAUUCCAGAUAUUGCUUUACAGACUGUCUUGGUACAUACUGCUGAAACUGUCCGCUUAAGGUACUUUUUGGAUUUGCUGCUGGAGAAGGGGAAACCGAUCAUGCUGGUUGGAAAUGCAGGAGUAGGAAAAACCAUCCUGGUGUCCGAUAAAUUGGCAAAAUUACCUGAAGAAUACAUAGUGGCCAAAGUGCCAUUCAACUACUACACCACAUCUGCCAUGCUGCAGCGUGUUCUGGAGAAGCCCCUGGAAAAAAGAGCUGGACGAAACUAUUCCCCACCUGGAACCAAAAAACUCAUUUAUUUUAUUGAUGAUCUCAAUAUGCCAGAAGUAGAUGCUUACAGUACAGUGCAGCCCCACACUUUAAUUAGGCAACAUCUAGAUUAUAGCCAUUGGUAUGACAGACAGAAAUUGGUAGCUAAAGAAAUACACAACUGCCAAUACAUAACGUGCAUGAAUCCCACCGCUGGAAGUUUUUCCAUUAAUCCUCGUCUGCAGAGGCACUUCUCUGUGUUUGCUGUGCACUUUCCUGGAUCGGAAGCUUUAACCACCAUCUACAGCAGGAUCAUAAGUGCCCAUUUCCAGCAUGGCGGCUUCAGUUACAGUGUGGUGAGGUCCUUACCUAUGCUGAUACAAGCUGCUAUUUGUCUCCAUCAAAAAAUGAUCCAGAAUUUCCUGCCAACUGCUAUAAGAUUCCAUUAUAUGUUUAACCUCAGGGAUCUGACGCAUGUUUUUCAGGGAAUGCUUUUUGCUUCAUCUGAGUGUAUUCGUUUCUCCAGUGAUUUGGUCCACUUGUGGCUUCAUGAGUCCUGCAGAGUCUAUUCGGACAAGCUCAUGGAAGAAAAAGACAUUGAACAUUUUAAAAAAGUGCUUAUUGACACAGCAAAGAGAUUCUUUGAGGGUGUAGAUGAACAUAUAUUCAUCACUCAGCCACUAGUUUACUGUCACUUUGCCCAUGGGGUUGGAGAACCACGUUAUUUCCCUAUAUCAGACUGGGAAAAGCUGACAAGAAUUCUUACAGAUGCUCUGGAACACUACAAUGAGAUCCAUGCUGCAAUGAAUCUGGUUCUGUUUGAGGAAGCCAUUCAGCACAUCUGCCGUAUUGGUCGAAUUCUGGAGUUCCCAUAUGGAAAUGCUCUUCUGAUUGGAGUUGGAGGUAGUGGCAAGCAAAGCUUAUGUCGCCUGGCUGCUUUCCUGAGCGCUCUUGAAGUUUUCCAAAUAACUCUUCGUAAAGGUUACAGUAUCAAUGAUCUCCGGAGCGAUAUAGCUACCCUGUACUUCAAGGUGGGAAUAAAGAAUAUAGGCACGGUGUUCCUGCACACAGACGCUCAGAUACCCGAUGAACGAUUCCUUGUUCUAAUCAAUGACAUGCUGGCAUCAGGAGAAAUCCCGGAUCUUUUUAGUGAAGAAGAGAUGGACAACAUUGUGUCUUCAGUCAGGAUGGAGCUGCGCGCUCUCGGCCUCCCAGACUCGCGAGACAACUGCUGGCAGUUCUUUAUUGACAGGAUCCGUCGGCAGCUGAAGGUAGUCCUGUGUUUCUCACCAGUGGGAUUUACUUUGAGAACCAGAGCAAGAAAGUUCCCAGCCCUGGUGAACUGUACAGCAAUAGACUGGUUCCACUCCUGGCCUCCUGUUGCUCUGCAAUCAGUCAGUAGUAGCUUCAUCCACAAGUUGGAAGGAGUUGAUCCUCAAGUAAAAAAUUCCAUUAGCCAGUUCAUAACAUUUGCACAUACAAGUGUAAAUGAAGUCAGCGUCAAGUAUCAGCAGAAUGAAAAGCAUUACAACUACACCACUCCAAAGAGCUUCCUGGAACUUAUUAAAUUGUACUGGAAUCUUCUGGGAAAGAAAAGAGGAGAGCUGCUGCAGAAGAUUGAGAGACUGGAGAAUGGACUACAGAAAUUGCAAACAACGGCUUUUCAGGUGGAAGAUCUGAAGUCCAAACUUGCCAUACAGGAAGUAGAACUUCAUCAAAGGAACAGAGAUACAGAAGCACUUAUCGAUAAGAUUGGCCAGCAGACAGAAAAACUAAACCAGGAGAAAUAUGUGGCAGAUGCAGAGGAACGAAAGGUGGCAGCUCUUCAAGCUGAGAUAACCAAGCAGCAGCAAGAAUCUGCAGAUGACCUGGCCAAAGCGAAACCAGCUCUACAGGCAGCAAAUGCAGCUCUGAACACCCUAAAUCGGUUAAACCUCACAGAGCUGAGAACGUUUCCGAAUCCAACAGCCGCUGUCACCAAUGUGGCUGCCGCCCUUCUUGUGCUUUUAUCUCCUAAUGGCAAAAUACCCAAAGACAGGAGCUGGAAAACUGCAAAAGUGUUAAUGAGCAAGGUGGAUGAAUUUCUACAGAAUUUGGUCAAUUUUGACAAAGAACAUAUACCCGAUGCAACAGUCAAGGCUAUUAAAGAGGAUUACCUGAGGGAUCCUGAGUUUAACCCAGAGUUUGUGCGUACAAAAUCCUCUGCAGCUGCAGGCCUGUGCGCAUGGGUUAUCAAUAUCAUUAAAUUCCAUGAGGUUUACUGUGAAGUGGAUAACAAGCGUCAGUCACUGUCUCAAGCCAACACAGACUUGGUAUACGCAGCUGAGAAAUUUGAGAUCAUCAGGAAAAAGCUUGAGGAGCUAGACACCAACCUGGCCGCCUUAACAGCUGCCUUCGAAAGAGCUACCGCAGAGAAAAUCCGCUGUCAAGAGGAAGUGAACAGAACUAACAAGACCAUUGAGCUGGCCAACAGAUUAGUGAAAGGUCUGGAGUCAGAGAAUGUCCGAUGGGCUCAGUCUGUAGCUUUGUAUCGCAAGCAAGAGCAAACUUUGUUUGGAGAUAUCCUGCUCACAGCUGCCUUCGUCUCAUAUGCUGGCUCCUUCUCCAAAAAGUAUCGCCAUGAACUUGUGGAGCAUUUGUGGAUACCGUUCUUAAGAUGCCAGAAGUUCCCAAUUACAAUGACGGAAGGACUUGACCCAAUAUGUAUGCUGGCAGAUGAUGCAACAAUUGCAGAAUGGAACAAUGAAGGACUGCCUAGUGAUACUAUGUCUAUUCAAAAUGGCACAAUACUAUCAAACUGUGAACGGUGGCCUUUGAUGAUAGACCCCCAACUACAAGGGAUUAAAUGGAUUAAAAGCAGAUACGGUUCCAGGUUAAAAGUUAUUCACUUGGGACAGAAGGGGUACGUUGAUGUCAUUGAACAAGCAGUCAUGGCAGGAGACCCAGUUCUGAUAGAAAAUUUAGAAGAAACUAUUGACCCAGUGCUUGAUCCCCUGCUUGGUCGACACAUGCUUAAAAGAGGAAGAUACAUCCGAAUUGGGGAUAAGGAGUGCAAGUUUCAUCCCAAAUUUCAACUAAUUCUUCACACCAAACUUGCCAAUCCACACUACAAGCCUGAAAUCCAGGCGCAGACCACACUAAUCAAUUUCACCGUCACACGGGAUGGAUUGGAAGAUCAACUGCUGGCUGAUGUGGUUAAUUUGGAGAGACCUGACCUAGAGCAUUUCAAGUCUGAGCUCACAAAGCAACAGAAUUAUUUCAAAAUUGAGUUGAAAAUGCUUGAGGAUGAAUUACUGACACGCCUAUCGGCAGCAGAAAGUAAUUUCCUGGGGGACACUCUCCUGGUGGAAAAACUGGAAACAACCAAACACACAGCAGCCGAAAUAGAAAUGAAGGUGCUAGAAGCUAAAGUCAAUGAAGUGAAGAUCAAUGAAGCUCGGGAACAUUAUCGUCCUGUGGCUUCAAGAGCCUCUCUCCUCUACUUCAUUAUGAAUGACUUGAAGAAAAUCAGCCCCAUGUACCAAUUCUCUCUUAAGGCUUUUAAUAUCGUGUUUCACAAGGCUGUGCAGCAAGCAGAACCAUCUGAUGAUGUCCGAUUGACAGUGAAUAACCUCAUUGACUGCGUGACAUACUCCACAUUCAUAUACAUCAGUAGAGGACUGUUUGAAAGGGAUAAAAUAACCUUCACAGGCCAGCUGGCUUUCCAGCUUUUGAUAAUGAAUAAAGAAAUCUCGGCUCAAGAACUUGACUUUUUACUGCGCUUUAACAUUGAGCACAUCUAUAAUAGUCCACUGGACUUUCUUUCAAAUUCAGCAUGGAGCGCUAUUAAGACAAUGAGUUUUAUGGAUGAAUUCCGAGGUCUAGACAGAGACAUUGAAGGAUCACCAAAGCGAUGGAAAAGGGUGAUUGAAUCAGAAUGCCCAGAGAGGGAACGACUGCCACAAGAAUGGAAAAACAAAAGUUCCUUACAGAAAAUGAUUCUAAUGCGUGCACUAAGACCGGACCGAAUGACAUAUGCCAUCAGAAACUUUGUUGAAGAGAAACUUGGAACCAAAUAUGUAGAACGACGUAAGACAGAGUUUGCCAAAUCCUUUCAGGAGAGCGGUCCAGCUACCCCCAUUGUCUUCAUAUUAUCACCAGGAGUUGAUCCCAUGAAGGAUGUAGAGACACUUGGUGACAAACUUGGAUUCACCAUUGACUCAGGAAAACUUCACAAUAUUUCCUUGGGUCAAGGGCAGGAAGUUAUAGCAGAAAUAGCGAUGGAAAAGGCAUCAAAAGAAGGCCACUGGGUUAUACUUCAAAAUAUUCACCUGGUAGCUAAAUGGCUAAGUGUGCUAGAAAAAUUAUUGGAAAAGUACAGUAAUGAAGGCCACCCUGAUUACCGUGUCUUUAUGAGUGCGGAGCCGGCCGUGACACUGAAAGAGCACAUCAUCCCACAAGGCAUCCUGGAAAAUGCAAUCAAAAUCACCAAUGAACCUCCAACUGGAAUGCUGGCUAAUUUGCAUGCGGCACUGGACAACUUUGAUCAGAACAUCCUUGACCAGUGUACACGAGAGCAAGAGUUUAAAAGCAUUUUCUUUUCCUUGUGCUAUUUUCAUGCCUGUGUGGCUGAGCGGCGCAAAUUUGGUCCCCAGGGGUGGAAUAGAAAAUAUCCCUUUAACAUCGGAGACCUCUCAAUAUCUGUGAAUGUUCUCUACAACUAUCUGGAAGCAAACUCACAGGUGCCCUGGGAAGACCUCCGCUACUUAUUUGGUGAGAUAAUGUAUGGUGGUCACAUCACUGAUGACUGGGACAGACGACUGUGCCGUACAUACUUAGAGGAGUACAUGCAGCCCAAUCAGUUUGAUAGGAAGCUUGCCUUGGCGCCUGGAUUUGUGAUACCCUCUAACCUUGAUUAUGAAGGCUACCAUAGAUACAUUGAUGAGAUGUUGCCACCUGAGAGCCCCAUCCAUUACGGCCUCCACCCCAAUGCAGAGAUUGAAUUCUUAACUGUGACUUCAGACAAUCUUUUCCGCACCUUGUUAGAAUUGCAGUCACGGGAUUCUAUAGGCAGGGAAGGAGCGCCUCAGACAGAGGAGGAAAAGGUUAAGACAUUUUUGGAUGACAUCCUAGAUAAACUUCCUGAGGGGUACAAUAUGCCUGAUAUAAUCUCAAAGACGACAGAGCGCUCUCCAUAUAUCCUUGUCUGCUUCCAGGAAUGUGAAAGGAUGAACCUACUACUUCAUGAGAUCAGACGUUCUCUAAAGGAACUUGAUCUUGGUCUUAAGGGCGAGCUGGCAAUCUCCUCCGAAAUGGAGCAACUACAGUCAGCUCUGUUUUUCGAUACUGUUCCUGAAACAUGGACAAAGCUGGCUUACCCAUCAACCUACAAUCUGGCUCAGUGGUAUAGCGAUCUGCUUUUGCGUUGCCGGGAACUCGACUCCUGGACUCAGGAUCUCUGUCUCCCAAGUGUCGUCUGGAUAUCAGGCUUCUUCAACCCCCAGUCCUUCCUCACAGCUGUCAUGCAAAGUUUAGCUCGAAAAAAUGAAUGGCCCCUAGACAAGAUGCAUCUUACGGUGGAUGUAAUGAAGAAAUACAAGGAGGAAUUCUCCCAGCCUGCCAGGGAAGGAGCGUACAUACACGGACUGUACUUAGAAGGAGCACACUGGGAUAUUCAAGGAGGGCACAUCGCUGAAGCUCGUCUAAAGGCUCCCAAUCCUAUCAUGCCAGUCAUCUUUGUUCGAGCAAUUCCAAACGACAGACAGGACACAAGAAACAUGUAUGAAUGUCCAGUUUACAAGACAAAGAUAAGAGGCUCCACCUAUGUGUGGGCUUUUCACUUGAAGACCAAGGAAAGGCCUUCUAAAUGGAUUCUUGCUGGAGUGGCUUUGCUGUUAAGUGUGUAA